GGUUUUCUUACUUGCCUUUUGUAAAAACGCAUGUAUAAUAAAUACAAAUUUUUCCAGUGAAGCACAGUGGUUUGCAUGUGAAAUCAAAAGGGAGAAUUCUAAAUUCUCCACUCCGCCCACAAAUUUGUCGUCUUUCUCCGUAGCGGGGAUUCUUCCGCAAGGUUUUCUAGGGUUUUCACCUCGCACCGCAGUGGUCUCUCUUCGUCGUCUACGGUUGGGAUUGUAACAGUGGUAACACAUCAAGCGUGUGGAUCCAUGGAAGCAAGGUUUCAGCCUCCUGUGUUCAAUAUAAAGGUUGUCGACGGCUCGAACGGGAUUGCGGCAUAUGAAUCUGUGCCGCUGGGCGGUGGUAGUGUUCCCUCACAGUACCAAGGAGCGGGCGGUGGCAGCAACGGCAGCGUCGGUGCUGGUGCUGGCACCGGAGAGCCAUUCAAGAGGAAGCGUGGCCGGCCAAGGAAGUAUGGUCCUGAUGGUAAAGUGAUCCUUGCGGUGAACCCAGUGUCCGCAGGUCCUGCAGCUCCUCCGACCACUGGAGCGUUCUCUGCUGCUGCUAAUGCCGCAGCAACAGCUGCGGCAGAGGGCGUGAAGAAAGCGAGAGGCCGUCCACCGGGUUCAAGCAAGAAAAAGCAGUUAGAAGCUCUGGGUUCAGCAGGGGCUGGAUUUAUUCCACAUGUUAUUACAGUUAAGGUUGGAGAGGAUGUAUCAGCAAAGAUAAUGGCGUUCUCACAGCAAAGCACCCGUGCAGUUUGUAUUCUGUCUGCCAAUGGUGCAAUUUCAAAUGUGACUCUUCGUCAGGCUGCAACAUCUGGUGGUACUGUAACAUACGAGCAGGGGCGUUUUGAAAUAUUGUCACUAUCUGGAUCAUUCCUGCUGUCUGAGAGUGGUGGGCAGCGCAGCCGAACCGGUGGUCUCAGUGUUUCAUUGGCUGGUCCAGAUGGUCAUGUUUUAGGUGGUGGAGUGGAAGGGCUUUUGACAGCAGCCUCCCCCGUCCAGAUCAUUGUGGGCAGCUUCACUGCUGAAGGGAAGAAGGAAGCUGAGCAGGCUCAUGCUUCAGAGCCCGCUUCUGGCUCUGGAAAGCUUUUGAUGCUAGGAGAAACCAUCGGAACGAUAAAUCCACUCACCGGGAGCUACUCAGCUUGAGCAUCACUAUCUUCAUCUUAUCGUAUGGAUGAAUGGAGCUUGUCGAGCAUGCUGUGAAUAACCUUAGCAUAGAUCUGUAACGUUACUAGUCAUUAGUAUGCAGUAAAUCUGGAAGCCUUUGCAUUCAUCUCAUCUUUAUAUCUCAUGUAUACUUAGUUUAUGCUCAGGAAAACUAUUUAUGUCAAACCACCAGCCUUUGGGUUGGGGUUGUCAUCUGUCUGCUGUGUUUAAUACAGGUUGUAUACAAAUGUUCUAUGUAUAGACAUUACAUAAUUUAUAAUCCAAUAUUAUUGAGCUCU